AUGGUCGACAAACAGCAAAAUGCUUCAUUUUUUUGUGCAAGAAGUGGUGAACCGUUGAAAUGUUUAGAAUUUUUUGCUGGAAUUGGUGGCUUUCAUUAUGCUUUAAAAGAAAUUGGAUUACAUCUAGUCAUACGUGCGCUUGAUAUAAAUACAGUUACAAAUGCUAUUUAUAAGUAUAAUUUUCCCAAUACUGAAAUUCAGCAAUGUAAUAUUGAGAAACUUACGACUGAUUAUUAUGACGACUACAAUGCUGAUAUAUGGACAUUGUCUCCACCUUGUCAACCAUUUACAAGGAAAGGAUUGAGAAAGGAUGUGGCAGAUCAUCGUUGUAAUGCACUUAAAAAGAUUUGCAAUGCUUUAAAGUCUAUGAAAAAACCUCCUCGUUAUAUUAUUGUUGAAAAUGUUUGUGGCUUUGAAGCAUCUGAAGCUCAUCAUUUACUCACUGAUACGUUGAUAAAUUUAUGUUACAAUUUUGAGGAAUAUAUUAUUUCACCAACCAAAAUUGGCAUUCCAAAUUCAAGACCUCGAUAUUACCUCUUGGCUAAACUUGCAAAUAACUGUAUUGCUAUUCCAACAACCAGUAAAAUUAUCGAUAAUUGGCCAAAGAAUGAUAUGACAGUUUUGCGCUCAAAAGUUAUCGGUGAAUAUUUAUGCAAUGAAGCUAAUGAAGAUAAUUCUUUGGUCAUUUUACCUGAAAUAGUUCAACGUUUCGGAAAUGUUAUGUCAUUUGUAACACCAUAUAACAUUCAUUCAUCAUGUUUCACUAAAUCUUACUACCGUUAUGUUACUGGUACCGGACCUAUUCUACUACAAUUUUCCAACAACAUUCAGGAUCAGUGUAUAAGCAUCGAACAGUUAAGAGAUUUUGUACUCUAUGAUAAUUGUAAAAAUUUGAAGUACUGUCAAAUUCGCUAUUUUUCCUGGCGUGAAAUAGCUAAUUUGCUAGGUUUUCCUAAAACUUUUGCAAAACCAUAUGAAAUUUCAUCGAAACAAAUGUAUCAUGCACUUGGCAAUAGUAUUACUGUUUCUGGUGUUGCUUUACUUAUUCAACAUUUAUUGAAAAUUUAA